AUGGAUGUAGCUGCUAAGCUCGGAGGGUUAUUUACAAUCAUAAGAGCUUUGUUGGAUAUCAUAUUAUAUCCAAUAUAAUCGAUUCUCUAUAAGCUUUUUUUGAUAAAUUUCUUAAUCAAUCAUUAGAACAAAGGUAACAAUAAGGAUAUUUAAUUAUAAAAGUCUAAAAAAUAGGACAUAUUGCUCCAUUAACUAAUAACUUCUUCAAAGAAAAGAGAAUUUUAUAAUUAAUAAACUGAAUUAAUCAAUAAGUAUUUGGAUGUUAGACAAAUAUUAAUUCAUCCGAUGUAGUUUACAUAAAAAAUAGAGGGUUUAUAGGAUUCGAUAAAGAAAAUUGAUAUCUUGAGUUCUAGAUAAAUUAAACUUAUUAGCAAACAAGAAAUGGAUGAAUUAGUUGUGCAAAGCAACAAUGAAGAGUACCCAGAUUGCAGAUGUUUAAGCUAUGGCACUAUUAAUUCUGAAAGCAAGAUAAAAAAUUAAGAUAAUUAUGUCAUUCCAAAAAUGAAAAUUUAAAUUCAUUGA